AUGGACCCUCAGAACAGUGGCCAAGGCAUCCUCCUCUGUGAACUGUGUCAAACAGCUGCAUUACAGAGUCAUUGUGAACUUUGUCAGAUUAGCCUGUGUAAGGCUUGUGUAGGGAAUCAUCUCUCAGACUCAUCCCAAAGACACAAGGUUAUACCAUAUAAACAUCAAACUUCUUAUCCUUCCUACCCAAAAUGUCUAAACCACACACAGAAACAUUGUGACCUUCACUGUGAGGAGUGUGACAUUCCUGUCUGUUCAACAUGCAUCUUCUCUAGUGUACACAAAGGACAUAAUAUAACUGACGCUCAGAAAAAGCUAAGGUUGAAAACAAAAGAUUUAGAAAAAGAUCUCAGAGAACUAGAGAAAGAAAUUUAUCCUGCAUAUGAAGAAAUUGUAUCAGAUAUAAAGUCUGAAAAAGAAACCUUGGAAGAACACUACGAGAAACUGACAUCAGCUGUCACCAAACAAGGAGAAGACUGGCAUGGAGAAAUAAACAUCAUUGUCAACAAACAAAAAUCUGAAAUUGAUGCUAUGAAAACUAAACAUCUGGCUGCUAUUAAUAAACAGGAAACUGAAAUCAAGGAGAAACUUUCUGAACUAAGACAGAGUAUUCUUGAACUGAAGAAAAUACUGGACUCCAAUGAUGUCUCUUUAACCUGUUCAUACAAAUCUAGGACUUCUGAGUUCAAAAUUACACCUCCUAAAGUCAAUGUCCCGUUACUUACUUUCUCUCCUCGUCCGAUAAACAUAGAAAGGCUGAAUCAAAUGUUUGGUUCUCUGUCAGCAUUAUCCACUACAUCAGAUGAAGAUGGUUACACAUUGGAUACAUCAGAAGAUAUAUUAUAUCCUCCCUCCGGUAAACCACUUCUUGAUAGACCAGAACUCCUCACUACCAUAGAGACGAGGCUUAGAAACAUGCUAUACAGUGUUACCUGCCUCAAUGAUGAAGAAAUUUGGAUAUGUGGAGAUGAAAAUAUCAUUAAUCUCUACAACCUCCAGAGUAAACUAUUGAAGUCAAUCCAAACCAAAUCAGGGAAAAGACCAAAUGACAUAGCAGUGACAAGAAGUGGACAUCUUGUUUACACUGAUUCUGGUACAAGAACUGUAAAUAUAGUGGAGAAUGAUCAGAUACAAGACGUAAUCAGACUACAGGAGUGGAUACCUUACAAUCUCUGUUCUACCUCAUCUGGUGAUCUCUUGGUUUCCAUGAACAAUGAUGGUUAUACACAAUCAAAAAUUGUCCGUUACUCUGGCUCCACGGAGAAACAAACUAUUCAGUUUGACAAUAAAGGUCAUCCUCUGUAUUCAUUCAGUGAAUGUAAAUACAUCAGUGAGAAUAGGAAUCUAGAUAUUUGCACGGCUGACUAUGGACUAUGCGCUGUAGUCGUAGUUAAUCUGGAUGGACAACUCCGGUUUAGAUACAUUGGUCAUGCCUCUUUAUUCACGGGACCAUUUGAUCUAGUUGGCAUUGCAACAGACAGCCAGAGUCAGAUCCUGAUAUCAGACGGUAACAACAAAUGUAUCCACAUCCUAGAUGAGGACGGAAAAUUCCUCUGUUACAUUGAUAACAUUUACUUAGCUUAUCCGUGUGGUUUAUGUGUAGACGCUGGAGACAACCUCUUUGUUGUCGAAUUAGCCACUAGCAAAGUGAAAAAAAUCAAAUACAUGUAG